CCAGAGCCCCAGGACAGGGCCUCACUUGCCUCAGGAAACCACAGCUUGCCAGCACCCAGCCCAGCACCAGCCCAGCUAUGGCAUCCCCAUUGCCUGUCCGGACCUUGCCCUUGAUCCUGAUUCUGCUGGCUGUCCUGGCUCCUGGGGCUUCAGCCAACUUCAACAUCUCAAGCCUCUCUGGUCUGCUGUCCCCUGCGUUAACUGAGAGCCUGCUAGUUGCCUUGCCCCCCUGUCACCUCACAGGGGGUAACGCCACACUGAUGGUCCGGAGAGCCAACGACAGCAAAGUGGUGAAAUCUAGCUUCAUGGUGCCUCCAUGCCGUGGACGCAGGGAGCUGGUGAGUGUAGUGGACAGUGGGUCUGGCUUCACAGUCACCCGGCUCAGUGCAUACCAGGUGACCAACCUUGUGCCAGGAACCAAAUACUACAUCUCCUACCUAGUGACAAAGGGGGCAUCCACGGAGUCCAGUAGAGAGAUCCCAAUGUCCACGCUUCCUCGAAGGAAGGCGGAAGCCAUUGGGCUGGGAAUGGCCCGGACAGGGGGCAUGGUGGUCAUCACAGUGCUGCUCUCUGUCGCCAUGUUCCUGCUGGUGGUGGGCUUCAUCACUGCCCUGGCACUGGGUGCCCGAAAGUGAGGAGGCGGCACCAGGCAGCAGGCAUCUUCAAGAAGUCCAAGGCACCGUCCUUUCCCCCAGCCCGGGACUCUGCUCCCAGGCCACAGUCACCAGGCUUUGGCCCUUUGGUGACUUCACCUCCCCUCCCUACCCCCCUCCCCUGCAGCCCUUUCCUCCCUCUGUCCCUCUGCUUGUUCCCUAAGGCCUCAGCUUGGCCUAACACUCCCCGUUAUUCCCCUCGCCCCACCCCCUGGAAAUUGGUUUCCUUCCAUUUCAGCUCUUUAACCAACCCCUCCGGGAACAAGAAUUCUCCCCUCCCUCAGUGAACUCAAUCCCUACAAUAAAGUCUGAUGCUGUGUUGCUA